AUGGAAGCUCAAGUCUCUCCCAUUCUCAAAAUAGUGAGGCUUAUGGAUCCCAACUUGGAUGCGAAUUGCGUGGAACUGCUCGACAUCUGUGAUGCCGUGGAUGCUAUCCAAAAGCCCUCAAAACACUCCACCAAAUCGCCUAAACACUUCCCAAUUCUGAGGAUUCCAUCUUACUCUAACGACGUUUUACUGGGAGAGGAGUUGCACAUGGCUUUCAUAAUCGGAAAUCAGACCAAAAUUAAAUUUUCAGAUGUCCUUUUAAAGGUGGAGAUGGUUCCCGAACACGCUAACAAAUUCGACUCUUGUACCGUAUUUGAAAACGUAGAGCUAGGACCCAACUGCAAACCUCUAGAAUCGCACUAUACGUACUUGUUUAAGACCGUUUCACAAUACAGAAUGACCUGCUCUGUUGAAUAUUCGUCGCACAAGGGGCCUCUGAUUCUUAAAAAAAUGUUUAUGUGGAAGUGCAUAAACCCAGUUCAACUUUCUCACACUUUGGUUAAACUACCCGACGGAGUUCAUUACUUGGAAACGGAGGUUCAGAAUAAGUCAAAGUCCUUGUUGGUUCUAAAGGAGAUGAAGCUGGAGAACAGGGCCGAUAAUACUGCUUAUGUGCCUUUUGAAAAGUUCAGCAGCGAUAAUAUUAAGCUUCUAAGGCCCGAUGAGACGGUUUCAAUCAUUUUCCCGAACAUUCAGCUGUAUUAUCGCAAUUCUAACAAUUAUAAGGGCAUCGACAUUGAAUCACGUGGCCCUUACGAUAAGCGCCCUGAUGCUAUUAGGUCCAGUAAUGUCAAAGCGAAGGAUUCUGGUGGAUCAGCCCAGGGUCCAACUAACUCCUUUGAUGAUUUUUACAUGAAUAUAGACUGGCACUCGUAUACUAACGUUUCCGGCACCAACGUUUCCAAGGUUGAAUCCUUUUCACGCACUUCAGACCUGUUCUUCAAGGUGAACAUUCCCAAGAGUGUGAAGGUCAAUGUUCCUUUCAACGUCGGCAUAUUUUUAAAGAACUUAACUGGGAGCCCCUUUGAUGUAUCAGUAAAGUUUAAUAAUGCUAAGGAGUUCAUAUUGCAAAGCAACACUGCUGAAAUGGUUCAUUUGAGGGACUCAGAAACCAUAUCGCUGCCUCUUAUUCCCGUUUGUACCGGCUUACAUGGACUUGAUGGCAUAGAGUUACACUGUAACAAUAGUUGUUACAGCAUAACAAACUUACAGGUGCUAGUGACAAAUUAA